UCCACUGCGGCAGCUGGAGGGAGUGUGAGGGUCCAGGGAGCAGGGUCCCCCAUUGACAGGUUAGGGAAGGGUAUGCCAAGCCUUCAGCAUUUCUCUAAGGCUGAGCGAGCAGGUCCAAUGGAGAGGCAUCCUGGCUGGUCUGCAGGUGAGAGCUGGUGAGUAGGAGAAACUCGUGGGGGCCGUUGGAUUCAGUCAGAGACACAUGCUCCACCAGGCAGCCAGAUCCUGCGACUCAGUCGGAAGCCACUGGCAUUUGCUGGACAGUGAAAGGAGAGCGUCAGUUCAUUGUGCUCUUGGUCUGGGGCAGGCAGGCAGCCUGCUGUGCCUUUAUUUAAGGAUAUCUGGGUGAUUGGAGACAGGCAGACAGCCUGUCGCCUGGAAAUGAUCAACUAGUCAGCCUGACCAAAUUCAGGACAACUAAAGGGUCCGACUGGGCACUGUGUGACUGGUGGGUUGGAGGCUGUCGUGUGGCUGAGCAUGGAUGGCCAGCUGAUGGGCCACACGGUUGGGGAUGGUGUCAGGAGGUCAGCCUGACCAGCAGAGACGGCUGGCAGGAAGGUCACGGAAGGCCAGCCAGGCAUGGUGCCACCUGGGCACAGGCAGGUGGCGGAUCUGAGUGGCCUGACACACUGGGUAGUCGCUUAUUUGGGCAGUGUGAUUGUCAGGACAGUGAGGCAGGGGCCGCUGCAGGGAGCCAUUUGGACAUCUGCAGGGCCCCCCUGGAGGCCUCGGAUGGCCACAUAGGGUCUGCCUAUCAGGAGAACCCCCAGAUGGUCACAGUCCCCAAAGACAGCCAGACCCCCAGGGACCCAGCCUCUCACAGUCAGUCCUCCCACCCGAGUGACCCCGAUGGCGGCCUCCCAGCUGGCGGCGCUGGAAGGAGUGGACUCCGGUCCCAGGGUGCCCGGGGCGAGCUCCGGCUUCCUGUAUUCCGAGGGCCAGCGGCUGGCACUGGAGGCUCUGUUGAGCAAGGGUGCGGAGGCGUUUCAGGCCUGUGUGCAGCGUGAGGAGCUGCGGCCCUUCCUCAGUGCAGAUGAGGUCCAGGGCUUGGCAGCGGCAGCUGAAGACUGGACAGUGGCCAAGCCGGAGCCUGGCAGGAUGGCAGACGGAGCCCCCACCGCCGAUGGGGAUGCGGGCAGCCUGAGCUACUGGCCUGGGCAGUCGGAGCAGCCGGCACCCAUCCUGCGGCUGGGCUGGCCAGUGGACUCAGCGUGGAAGGGCAUCACCCGGGCGCAGCUGUACACCCAGCCCCCUGGAGAGGGACAGCCGCCCCUCAAGGAGCUAGUGCGGCUGGAGAUCCAGGCUGCCCACAAGCUGGUGGCUGUGGUCAUGGACGUCUUCACUGACCCAGACCUGCUUUUGGACUUGGUGGAUGCUGCCAUGCGCCGCUGGGUACCUGUCUACCUGCUCCUGGACCGUCAGCAGCUGCCUGCCUUCCUGGAGCUGGCCCAGCAGCUGGGGGUGAACCCCUGGGCCACGGAGAACAUGGAUGUCCGCGUCGUGCGGGGCUGCAGCUUCCAGAGCCGCUGGCGGCGGCAGGUGAGCGGCACCGUGCGGGAGAAGUUCGUGCUGCUGGACGGCGAGAGGGUCAUCUCAGGAUCCUACAGUAAACGUGAAGGGAGCAGCAUACCCAGCCCCAGUGCCAGGCUGGUGGUGGCCCCCACCGUCUGGCUGCUCGAGGAGCCCAGAGCUCUGUUACACAGGCGGCCGCUGCAGCAGGUGGUGCUGGUGGCUCGCAGGCAGCCUUUGUUGAUGACCGGACCGGUGCCUGGGGCGAUCCCCCGGCCUGUGAAGCAGUCCUCGUCAUCACCACAGCGCAUGGAGGUGCCGGGACACUGCGUGGAGUCGCUCAAGAAGUCCUGGGGUUCCAAGGACACCCCAGCCAAGGCUCUGAUGAGGCAGCGGGGCGCUGGAGGAGGCCCCCGCGGGGAGGUGGACUCCCGACCUCCCUGGGGCGGUGCUCUGCCCUUGUCCCCUGCCCACCGCCUCCGCUAUCUGUCCCCAGCCCGAAGGCGGUUCGCUGGGGAUGCUACAUUCAAACUUCAAGAGCCCAGAGGCGUCAGGCCGUCAGACUGGGCACCGCAGGCAGGACUUGGGGGGCAACCCUGAACAGGAGACCAAGCCAAAUCUGCUGGCCCACCCAAGGAGCAGUGCCGGACAACUGUCAGCUCAGAGCCCCCUGCCUUCAUACCCUGCCUUGGAUAAGGCUUCUGGCCUCAGCGUCUGUAAAGCAGAAGGGAUGUUUUUCACUUGUUCUGCAACUUGGGGCCAGGAGUGGUGGCUCAUGCCUGUAAUCUCUGCACUUUGGGAGGCUACGGUGGGAGGGUUGCUUGAGGCCAGGAGUUGGAGACCAGCCUGAGCAACAUAGUGAGACCCCAUCUCCACAAUAAAUAAAACAAAUUAGU